AUGAACUCGAGCAGACCUGGAAGUUGUGGAUGGGAUGGCACGUUGGCUGUUUGCUUCUUGAUGAUUGUUUCUGUUGGUCAGUCCAGCGGAAGACACCACGGCGACGGCGGUGGUCAACAGCACCAGAAUCGUGAACCUGACGGCCAUCACCAACAACAGUUGUUUCCCAGAUAUUCGUACAGGGGCGAUGAGUCGAUUUUCGCGAUGAACUAUCGCUGGAAACUCGUGGACAGAAACUCCAACAACCAACUGGCAGCUGUCAAAAGGACUCGCGAGUCGAACAGGCCUGGAGAUCCUGCCCAGCAAGGAAGCAGCUUAAAUCUGGGCACAAAGCCGGGCGCGGGUCUCGGAUCGGUGAUCGGCUGGCGGUCGGCACGAAAACUGGCGACAGGAUUCGCCACAGCGACGAUGAGGUGCCACGCCAUUGGCCGAGGUGCGGAGGUAACAACGGGCAAAGAACCUCAUCUGGGUGACCGGGUGACCUCCUUCGGCAACCUGGUACCAAGAGAACUUACGCGACUGUCCUCUCUAGCGAUGCUCGGUUUGCUCAUUGGGGGGCAUCCACAAAAACCACGAAUUUUCAUCGCCUCAACAGUCCGACGAUUUCCUUCAUUCGUUGCGAUGCGAAUUGUUUCUUCGGAUUUAGCAAUGGAUAAAAGUGAAAAUUCCAGAUAA